UCGGCCGCGGCGCAAGCGCGUUGGCUCCGAGUUCGGCAGUUGGGAAACAUGGCACCCCCGACGGUUACAGCGAGGUUGUACUCCCUGCUGUUCCGCAGGACCUCCACCUUCGCUCUUACCAUCGUCGUGGGCACCCUGUUCUUCGAGCGAGCCUUCGACCAAGGCGCGGACGCGAUCUUCGAGCACAUUAACCAGGGGAAGUUGUGGAAACACAUCAAGCACAAGUAUGAAAACCAAGAGUAGAUCCCAGAGGCCACCACCCAGACCAGAAGGACCGGGUUCACCCGCCAGCUGUUUGUCUGGAGCUGGGGCCUCAGCUUGAAGAUGAUGUUUGAGUUAUUCUUCACGGACCACCUUUCGCUGUUGGCAAGAAAUGGCUUCACCUGAAAAGACUCUUUAACUUCUGCCAUGUUGGAAGUAUGUUUGGUCAGAGUUAUCAGCAAAUAAAUGUAAAUUGUCCUUGA